GCGCAACUCGGCGCGCCCACUGGAGAUGCCGCCGAAACGGGCCGCUGCGAAGCUGUCAUCCGUGGCGUGUGAGCUUACUGAGGAGGAGAUAGAGGCCGCCAGGAGGCUGCUGGCGGCCGCCGACCAGAAGAAGAUCAACAGCAUCAAGCAAGGCCUCAAGGCAUUCGUCAAUGCUAACCCCGACUCUGAGAUCACGAAAGAGAACCGCUACACCGAGAAGUACAUGAUGGCCUUCCUCGCGCACCAGGCCCGCUGCAGCGACGCGCAGAAGUCAGUGUCUGCGUCCAAGGAGGUGAUCAUCGGCAGCUCAAAGUUCACGGAUGUGGUCCGCAUGUCUGUGGAGGCUAUGGACCGCGAGAUCGGGCCUACCAAGGCCGCCCUGUGGCGGACAGUGCUGAAAGCAUACCCAGAUUCGCUCACUGGCCGCACCGAACCAGAAUACUUAGAAUACGCCGUGCCAAAGAACUGGGAGCGAAUGACAGAGCAGGAGAUGAAGAAGUUCUUGGUGACGGCGGGCAGUGAUGCUUCCCGGGACGACGUGGAGCAGGCCAUGCGCACUGGAGGUCCGAACAUGGAGCUGAUGGAUUCCGUGUCAUCGAGCAGCGGCGUCAACCCGACCGCAGUGAAGGUAGAGCCCGCCGACGCGGAGGAGCAGAAGAAGAAGGCUCUCGCGCUCAAGGUGGCCAAAGUCGAGAGCGACCUGCCGCUGUUGGUGCGAGAGUUUCAGGACAUGAAUCUCGACGUGAGCCUCAUCAGGACCAAGGCGAAGACGAAGAACGACCCCUACCAUGCCGAGUUUCGCAGUGACGUGGAGGCUUGCCUGAAAAAGAUGAAGUCUACCAAAUCGAUCUUGGAGCGCAUGCAUACCGAGCAGGCGCCGCCGUCAGAGAUUCCCAAACUGAUCGAUAAGAUGGAGAUGCUCCGCUCGAAGUACACGCAGAUCGUCGAGUUCUCGAAAAACAACGGGUACAAGGAUGAGGACAGCAAGAAGCGGCGCAAGAAGUAG